UGUGAUUUGUUCCAUUAUCUCUACAAAACCUCAAACCAUGUCGAAACCCCAGUUCUUGACUGGCGACAAAGCCGCCAUUGAUGAGUUCCUCGCCAAAUUUGAUGUCUUCCUGUUCGAUUGCGAUGGCGUUCUCUGGUCUGGCGAUCACCUCUACGAGAAAGUCCCGGAAACGCUCGAGAUGCUGAGGAGUAAAGGCAAGCAGCUUGUGUUUGUCACCAACAACAGCACAAAGUCGCGAGCCGAUUACAAGAAGAAGUUCGACAAGCUUGGAAUACCCGCAGAAGUGGACGAAGUCUUCGGUUCCUCCUACAGCGCCGCCAUAUACAUCGCUCGUAUCCUCAAACUGCCGGCACCCAAGAACAAAGUGUUUGUGCUAGGAGAAACUGGCGUGGAACAGGAGCUUCAAUCCGAAGGCGUUCCAUUCAUUGGGGGCACGGAUCCCGCUUUUCGCCGCGACAUUCAACCGGAGGACUUUGAGAACAUUGCCAACGGCAGCAUGCUAGAUCCAGACGUCGGCAUCGUGCUCACCGGGCUCGACUUCCACACCAACUACCUGAAGACGGCGAUUGCUUUCCAAUACUUACAACGUGGCGCAAAGUACCUGGCCACGAACAUCGACAGCUCACUGCCAAUGGCGCAUACUCUUUUCCCUGGGGCCGGCUCGUCUGGUGCGGGUCUAGCAAAGGCUAUCGGGAGGGAACCACUAUCCCUGGGCAAGCCUAGUCAAGCGAUGAUGGAUGCUGUCGAGGGCAAGUUCCAGUUUGAUCGCAGCAGGACCUGCAUGGUGGGAGACAGGAUGAACACGGAUAUUCAGUUUGGCAUCGACGGCAAGCUGGGAGGCACACUGGCCGUCUUGACGGGUGUGAGUAAGAAGGAGGAGUUCCUCGCUGAGGGAGCGCCGACUGUGCCCAUGGCCUAUGUAAAUGCUCUGGGCGACUUGCUGGGUUGAGAGGCUCUAGAGCUGUCUGCGUAGAGCCAGUAGUGGGUUAGAAAAUAGAUAAACGGAGAGCCAAUGAUAGACAUACCAAGCCUAGCACUUGUAAUCACAACCUUGUGAGCCGU